AUGACCAACCGCCCCAUCCUCGUUGUUGCUGGUGUUGGUACUGGCUCAGGCACCGGCGCUGCUUCAGCACGGGUCUUCGCACAAGUCGGAUACAACGUAGCCUUAGUUGCACGCGAUGAAGAGAGUCUGAAGAAGACCGCCGAAGAAAUCAAGCAGGCAGGAGGUGGUGAUGCUGAAGCGUUCCCGGCUGCCUCUUACGACUAUCCCACCUUCGCUACCAUCUUCGCGGACAUAAAAAAGAAGUGGCCUAGUUCACCCGUUCGCGCGGCCGUAUACAACGCGGCGUACGGCGUAUGGAAGCCGUUCUUGGAUGUCACUGAACAAGAGGUGAAGGAGGCCGUGGACACGAACAUCACCGCCGCGUUCGCCUUCUCUCGCGAAGUUAUCCUCGCAUUCAAGUCCAACGACCUCAACGAGGACGGCAAACGCGGUACCUUGAUCUUCACGGGCGCGACGGCCUCCAUCCGCGGCAACACCACCACCAGUUCAUUCGCUGCAGGCAAACAUGGCUUGCGGGCCCUGAGCCAGAGUCUGGCCAAGGAAUUCGGGAAGGAGAACAUCCACGUCGCGCAUGCUAUUAUUGACGGGGUCAUCAUUACGGGACGCACGAAAGAGCGCAAGAACGAUCCUUCCUGGGAGAACAACCCCGAUGUCCGUCUCGACCCCGAAAGCAUAGCCAAGACAUAUCUGGCGCUGGCAAAGCAGGACAGAUCUGCUUUGACAUGGGAGUUGGAUCUGCGCCCUGCCCAUGAGAAGUGGUAAAUAUGUGAUGGCUUGUUGCGCCUUUGUCAGCAGAGGUACCAAUUCAUGGCUGACCUCGAGGAAUAUGAGUCAACGAUGGGUCAACCUGAGAAUUCCUGGUGGACGCGUCAUGGAGAGCUAUAUGGACUAACAAAAGCCCAGUCGAUUCAGACGACUGCUUACUAUUCCCUUGCCGUUGUUUCCAAGAGGGUUGACAC